AUGCCUGCUCGAUGCGGUAUUAUCCCCCCUAACCCGGAAGAUGAUAACAUCUGUGAAUCUCUUAUCUUUGGUACGACGGAUGACGAUCUGAGCAAGAUCACCGCGAUUGGCGUGGAUUCCCUGCUUCGAGGCUUCGAAGUCUGCUUCAGCAAUGGACAAUCUCGCACCAUUGGGCACACCAACGCGAUGCAAUACUUCCCCAUUGACGGUCAGGGUGGCGAAAGGAUUCUCUACGUUAACUCAAAGAUAUCUUUCUAUCCGACUGGGAUACAGUUCGUCACCACCAAAGGUCGCCACUUCAUCGUCGGGCAGCCUGAUCCACGAGCUGAGGUUAGGUUCCCCGAGGCAGGACGGCUUAGUGAUCGUGAUGCUCUGAUGGGCAUCUACUGCCACUGGCGGUACCGGCACACGCCCCGCGCAGGGCUUGAAAUGAUCGGGGCGUCUGUUUCCAAGUCUGGUCUUGGUCGUUCUGUACGACCUCAGCUGGCGAUAGAUGCGCAGGAGCACUUUUGGUCACCUGAACUCCCGCCGAAAGGAUUAAGGGAAGUCGGUAGGGUCUAUGGAGAACGUGAUUUCUUCAAGACAAACAGGAGAGUCACGCAUCACAUGCCGAGCAGAAAUGCUGUUGUUUCAUGGUUCGACUGCAGCAGGCCUAUCGCAUCCAUCAAAGUUGGCAUUUGCCACGGGACAGAGAGGUUUCAAAUUCCGUUGGUAUCAAUGACCUUUACGUAUGCCGACGAUCAGACCACGACAUCCAUCGGUCCAACAAAGUUCUCUUCUCCGAAGGACAACCGGGGCAGGGCCAGCAACUACUGGUGUUGGUGCGCGGAGGGAAGUCAUCGAGAUGAGGAACUGGAGCAGCAGCCGCACUAUACCGAAGAUGAAUGGGAUGCGCAAGGGUCGUAUCUUGAGUUUGCUCAGGUAUGGGUCGGUGACUAUGAAGUUUUGACGGGACUACAGUUUAUUGCGCGAGAUGGGAGAGAAAGUCCGGCUUGGGGAUAUUGUGUCAGUGAGAAGCCCCCAACUAUUGCUCACGUCCGACGCCUCACAGAGCCUGUUAGAUUGCCGCUCCAGGCGCAGGAGGAGAAUCGUGGGGCGGGGCUCAAGGUAUUUGUUGAUGCGAUGGAUCGGGAGGCUCCGCGUGAAGAUUAUGUGGUGGUCGGCAUUCAGCUGAUUGAGUUUAGCAAAGAUUAG